AUGGCGGCGGGCGUAGCAGCGUGGCUGCCCUUUGCCAGGGCGGCAGCCAUUGGGUGGAUGCCUGUGGCCUCGGGGCCCAUGCCAGCUCCCCCAAGGCAGGAGAGAAAAAGGACUCAAGAUGCUCUGAUUGUGCUCAACGUGAGUGGCACCCGUUUCCAGACAUGGCAGGACACCCUGGAACGCUAUCCAGACACUCUGCUGGGCAGUUCUGAGAGGGACUUUUUCUACCACCCGGAGACUCAGCAGUAUUUUUUUGACCGUGACCCAGACAUCUUCCGCCACAUUUUGAAUUUCUACCGCACCGGGAAGCUCCACUAUCCUCGCCACGAGUGCAUCUCUGCUUAUGAUGAAGAAUUGGCCUUCUUCGGCCUCAUCCCAGAGAUUAUUGGCGACUGCUGUUACGAGGAGUACAAGGACCGCAGGCGAGAGAACGCGGAGCGGCUACAGGACGACGCCGACACGGACAACACCGGGGAGAGCGCGCUGCCCACCAUGACUGCUCGGCAGAGGGUCUGGCGGGCGUUCGAGAACCCCCACACCAGCACCAUGGCCCUGGUGUUCUACUACGUUACAGGGUUCUUCAUUGCCGUCUCAGUCAUCGCAAAUGUGGUAGAGACCGUGCCAUGCGGGUCUAGCCCGGGGCACAUUAAAGAACUGCCUUGCGGGGAGCGCUACGCGGUGGCCUUCUUUUGCUUGGAUACAGCCUGUGUCAUGAUCUUCACCGUUGAGUACUUGCUUCGCCUGGCUGCAGCGCCUAGUCGUUACCGUUUCGUGCGCAGCGUCAUGAGUAUCAUCGACGUGGUGGCCAUCCUGCCUUAUUACAUUGGGCUGGUGAUGACAGACAAUGAGGAUGUCAGCGGAGCCUUUGUCACGCUCCGGGUCUUCCGGGUCUUCCGGAUCUUUAAGUUCUCCCGCCACUCUCAAGGCCUACGUAUCCUGGGGUACACGCUGAAGAGUUGUGCCUCAGAACUGGGCUUCUUGCUCUUCUCGCUCACCAUGGCUAUCAUCAUUUUUGCUACGGUCAUGUUCUACGCAGAGAAGGGGUCUUCAGCCAGCAAGUUCACCAGCAUCCCUGCUGCCUUCUGGUAUACCAUCGUCACCAUGACUACACUGGGGUAUGGUGACAUGGUACCAAAAACCAUAGCAGGGAAGAUUUUUGGUUCCAUCUGUUCGCUGAGUGGGGUCUUGGUCAUUGCUCUACCUGUUCCAGUGAUUGUCUCUAACUUCAGUCGGAUCUACCACCAAAAUCAACGAGCAGACAAACGGAGAGCACAGAAGAAAGCCAGACUCGCCAGGAUCCGGGCAGCCAAAACCGGAAGCGCCAAUGCUUACAUGCAGAGCAAACGGAAUGGCUUACUCAGUAAUCAACUGCAGUCCUCAGAGGAUGAACAAGCCUUUGUUAGCAAAUCCGGCUCCAGCUUUGAAACCCAGCACCACCACCUGCUUCACUGCCUGGAAAAAACCACGAAUCACGAGUUCGUGGAUGAGCAAGUCUUUGAGGAAAGCUGCAUGGAAGUUGCCACGGGAAACCGGCCUUCGAGCCACAGCCCCUCUCUCUCUUCACAACAAGGGGUCACCAGCACCUGCUGCUCACGACGACACAAAAAAACCUUCCGCAUCCCGAAUGCCAACGUGUCCGGCAGCCACCGGGGCAGUGUGCAAGAACUCAGUACCAUCCAGAUCAGAUGUGUGGAGAGAACCCCGCUCUCUAACAGCCGAUCCAGUCUAAACGCCAAAAUGGAAGAAUGUGUUAAACUAAACUGUGAACAACCUUAUGUGACUACAGCAAUAAUAAGCAUCCCAACACCUCCAGUGACCACCCCUGAAGGAGAUGACAGGCCAGAGUCUCCGGAGUACUCAGGAGGCAAUAUUGUCAGAGUGUCUGCUUUGUAAGACAAUUGGAACCAGGUCUAAGAGAAUUUGAGCUCCGGCUGUGGAAAGAAUUCCAAUGUGGAAGAAAGAAGAAACAAUAAACCUUUUGCAGAUGAAAAGAGCAAAGCAAGAAGGUUGGCUGCGAAAUAAAAGCAAAGCUUCCAAACUUGAGGAUGGAAAUGAAACCACCAAAUGGCAUUUCUAGACAGAGUUUGACCUGUUCUACAGAGGAAGAGUCUGUGACCCUUUGACUUUGUGAAUGAGCACAAUGAAAUGCCGCCUAUCGAUGCUUCUUAUGAUCUGAACUCUUUUUUUAAUAAAAUAAAUAAAACAAAUCUUUGAACAUAAUGUUCCGGUUGAAUGCAAAACAAAAAAAAAAAUAUGGAAAACAUUUUGAUAAAAAUUUUUCCUGUUAAAACCAUGAACAUUGGCUAUGAUGAAGAUUAUUACAUAUUAAAAAAAAACUAUGACACAUUUGUAUUGACUGAAGGAAACCAUCAUAAUGCAUGCUAGAAUUCUUUGGAGCAGUGAUUUCAAUGUCCUUAUGUUGUCUUCAGAAUAGGCAUGAUAAACUAUAAUUGUAGAAAGGGGAAUUUCUGUGCACUUACAACAAGCUGAUUGUUCAUGUUCCAUGGUGGGCUGUGCCAAUACACUCCUUUUAGAGCUGCGGUAUUUAUCAUGGGGUUGCUCAUUAGUAAAUCUAAAGUGUUCAGAUAGUUCAGUAUUAACUAUUGUUUUACCUUGCACCUAGAUACUGUUACAACUGCAAUAAUUCAUUGUACACCUGUUGUAUCAGGAAUCAGGAUUUUUUGUUGUCGUACUUUCCAGAUCUUCAUAGAUAACGGUAAGAGCCACGUUCAUAGAAACACUUCCGGUGUGGCCAGGUUUUAGAUAACUUUUUAAUCCAAAACUGCUGUGCCAUAAAUGUUUUUCAGUAAUAACCUUUGGUCCACUGUGUCCCCGUGCCAGUGCAUUAUCCGUUCUUGGACUUCUAUAGCGCCUUUCUAUUGGGUUUGUCGUCAUCGACUGGACUAACGUUUUGUAGUUCAAAUGACUUUCCUACUUUUGUAUUCCCCGACAUAUUAUCUUGUAAGUAGAUUACUAUCAUCAAUCCCCUUGUCAAAAAAUAGGAAAAAGGAGUUGACAUCUAUGACUGCUCUCUAACCUCUUUGCUGUUAGGGAAAAAAGCCCAGACACUGGAUUUUUCACUAUGCGUUUCAGGCAAAGAGUAGGCUGGGAUUAUUAUCACAAAAUCAGUGAUCCCAGAAUCUUGCUUGAUGUAUUAUUUAUUUUACUUUAGAUCUUGAAUACUUUUUGAGAAUAACUAAUGUGAAUUGAAACGCAGAGAUAAACUUGAGUGCUCUAUGUAGCAAUAUUUGACGAAAGCACGCUUCUACGCCAUUGGAGAAGGCAGCACAAAUUUACUGAGCAAGGUUCCUAUAUACUGCAAGGAGCAGUUUUCUCCACUAAAUCAGGAGGACAGGAAUUUGAUGAUGCAAAGCUGAUCUCUGUGUACAUUUAAGUGAAAAGUCUUUAUACCUUUUCACCUUUAAAAUAUUUCAGCAGACAUGUCUGCACGUGACAGUGUAAAAAAGUUUUAUGUCCAAUGAAAAGUUUUGUUCAUUCCAAACCACCACUGUAAGAAAUAAAGUUUAGCUUCCAUACAUGGAAAGAAUGAAUAAUUAUCCCUCUACUAUAGAGAUUUUAAAAUGCUUAUCAUAAUUUAUCAUAAGAAGGAAUUAAUCCAACCAUUUUCAAGUAAAGCCAGAAAUUCUUGCUUCCCAUUUCUAGAAUAGCUUCUAGAACAGUGCUGUGCACAUGGUAGAUCUUAAUAAACAUUUGCUGAGUAAAAGUAAGAUACACUCUACUAUCUCUUGAGAAGAACUGGCUUCAUUCCUAGUAUGUCUUUUAAAAAGUUACUAAUCUUCCUGGAGCGUGAAUAUUAAUAAUUAUAUUAACACCUGCCUCAUGUCACUUUAUGCUUCUAGAGCAAAUAUAGUGAAGCUUCUUUGAUGGCAUUUGUUGAAAAAAACUUUUUAAAAAGUAGACUAAGGAAACCACAAUCGGGAAUACUUAGGUCUUUUGAUUCCCAAUGAAAAGUUCUAUUUUCAUGUUCUUAAUACUACAUUUAAAAAAAUACAGUUAGAGUAUUUCAGUUGACAAUUCUGCCUCCUUUUUGACUUAUCAUUUACCCCAAGCUAUUAAUUUCUUUAGAGUUUUGGAAAAGAAAAAAAAAAUUUUUGGUGUUUUAGGUGAUUUAAAAAUAUACUGUGUUGGUGGUGAAUGACUAUUGAUGACUGUGUUAAGUGCAUCUGUAUUGUAAGUGAAAUGUAAUUAUUUCUGUGUACCAUAUGGAGUAACCGAGGUCAUUGUUUUUGACAAUUUUGUUUGAAAUUCAUAUAUCUUAUUUCAAAGGAUAGCAUAAUAUCUGCAUUAUGCUGGAAAAAAAAAUAGACCUUUGGAGAAUACUUAAAUAAAACAUGUGCAUGCUUGAACAGGA